AUGCAACAUUCUACAAACACCUUAAGACGCCUGGACAUGGGCAUGGCGAGCACCCCGAGAGCUCAGUCGAACUGCGAUGCUCACGCCGAGUGUGGUCAAUUCGCUGACCCUCCAGGCAAGACUUGCUCGCCCAUAGCCUGCUGCUCAGAACACGGCUACUGUGGAACAUCUGAAGAAUUUUGCAACGGGAAAUGCCAAGGUAGCGUCCCUUGUGUGCCACAUCCAGCGCCGUCGGGGUCCAAGAACACCGAUAAUGUCUACAAACGAGUGGUCGGGUACUACGAGGCUUGGGCCGCCAGAAGAUCAUGUCAGGCGUGGAAACCUACGGACCUACCCGUUGAUGGCCUCACCCACUUGAACUUCGCCUUCGCGUAUAUUGAGCCGGAAUCAUACGAAUUGGCUACCAUGGACGAUGCCACCCCGGCAGAGCUUUUCAGCGAAACCACCGACGUGAAGAAUCUCAGGACCAGAGACGAGGCUCUGAACGUUUUCAUCAGCGUCGGAGGCUGGAAGUUUUCCGACAACAAUACCAAGAAUCAGCCUCUCUUCGGAGAAAUCGCCCGUGAUACCGACAAGUGCCAGAAAUUCGCGCACAAUGUCGUCAAGUUCAUGGAUCAAUAUGGCUUCGAUGGGCUUGACAUCGACUGGGAAUACCCAGGGGCUUCUGAUCGUGGUGGCCAACCGGAUGAUACGAAGAAUUUUGUGCAGCUUGUCAGGAUCUUGCGCGAGACUUUUUACAAACAAUCUCGUCCUCUCGGACUUACCUUCACCAUUCCAACGUCAUACUGGUACUUGCGCUGGUUUGCUCUGCCAGGGAUGUUGCCGCAUGUCGAUUGGAUCAAUGUAAUGUCAUAUGAUCUCCAUGGCUACUGGGAUCGAGAGAAUAUCAUCGGCAAUGUGGUGCUGCCACAUACCAACAUCACCGAGAUCAAGUUGGCCAUGGAGCUCUUAUGGCGAGUUGAUAUCCCACCGGACAAGGUUGUCUUGGGGGUUGGCUUUUAUGGAAGGACAUAUGAGCUUGCCGACUCCGACUGCGCCGAGUCAGGCUGUCCAUUCGGAGGCCCUGCAAAGCCUGGACCUUGUACAAACUCAAGUGGUACUCUGAGCUACUCCGAAAUCAACGAUAUCCUCAACGACUCAAGUGGCUCUGAAGCUGGCACCCACUCCAAACGCCAGAUCCAGAAACCUCUUUACGACCCGGAUGGCUGCUUCAACUAUUUCCGCUACGGCAACCAAUACGUCUCGUAUGACGAUCCUCGCUCUCUACGGUGCAAAAUCAAAUUUGGCCAAGACAAUGGCCUCUUGGGGUCCAUGAUCUGGCCGCUCGACGACGACACCCGAACUUACGAGUUGAUUUCCCGGACUCCGCAACGAGACGAUUACGGGAGGUGUAGACGAUCCCAACAAUGGGAAGCCGGUGGAACAGCAUUGUCCUGUCCAUCGGGGUACCAUUGGAUUGGAUCAGACAAGGGCGGCGAUUGUGGAAAGGGAAGGGCCCAGAAUAUCUGCUGCCCUGCGGCGGCUUAUCCCUCUUCCGAAUGUACCUGGCGUGGGGAUGGGACAGAGUGCAAUGGGCAGUGUCAUGCAGGCGAAAUUACGCUGGCCACGUCUAAAAAGGGGGGUCUUCCAAAGCAGGAAGGAACUACAGAUUGCGUCCACGGCGAGAAAGUGUUCUGUUGCGUCGCUAACCAUUGGGAUGCCUUGAUUGGCAAAUGCUUCGAUUUUGGGUGUGGAAAGGAGUGUGACGAGGGCUACGAGUCUAUUGUUACAAAGCACGAUCGAACCACGUGUCAAUGCAACGUUGGAGGCAGCUGCAGCCAAGAAGUGAAUGUGUGUUGCCCAAAACCCGCCAAAUUUAAGGGCUGCCACUGUGUCGGGCAGAGUGAUUGCGCUGACAACUCUUGCGAUAACAACGAUAUUGUCUUCGCAAGAGACCAUUAUGGAGAUGGAAAACAUGGUUGCAGCUAUGGAAGGCAAAAGACUUGCUGUUGCAACAUGCCAGAUGAACAAGCGUUCCUGCCCUUUGAACUGGAAGACAUAUUCCCGACUCUACCGCCGGUGGACAACGACGUCAAGAUGAGCGUCGUUACUCUCGAUCAGACCGCUGCGUCAGACAUAUCGGAAGCUCGUGGGUUUGGUCUGGUGGUCAUUGAUGGUCCACAGUCGGCUGUGGCGAGUGGGAAAUCGAAGCGAGAUGGUUCACCUUCCGACCUGAUCUUCAUUGAUUGCGACCAUUUGCGUUCCGAGGGGAUGCAGACGCUACGAUAUGUGUGUGCGGCGGAUGACAUUGCGACUUCGGACUGCAACAACUUCAUGAAAGGUGGCGUGGAAGGAACCAUCUUGGAACUACCCGACGACUGCGGCCCUGCUCCCUAUGUUGUGUUGCACAACCUCGAGCGUGCUACGAACCAAACUUUGCCUGGCCGACUCUCCACGCUCAGCAACAAAACUGUCAGUCAACUAUCAUUCCACUAUGAUUUCAGCCUGGCGAAGCGUGACAGCGGCGACAUCUACUUCAGAGUCGACUAUGCGAACUGCGAUGCCUACUGGGGAGCGGCUGUCGCUCGGUUCUACAGCACAGAUCCAAAGCAUUGGGAUCAGACAUUUACUGACUGGAUCAAGACCUGUGGGACAGCCGGCACCUCGUUCACUCAAGACCUAGAUCAGACUAUUUUCGCCGGCGUUGCUCCGUGCGACGAUGAAGAUGCAUAUGCUGAAGUACGUUCUAGAGGUCGAAUCGAUGCAACGCCCCAGUUCGCAAUCACAAUCGUCGGUACCAUAUCUCCAGUUCUGGACAUCGAAGAAGUCAAUGCAUACAUGAGCACCUCUUUCGAAGCAGACGCCUACUUUGACUUUGCUCUUCGGGGGGAUCUUAACUUGGAGCACAUUGAAGGGCCGCUGUUUCCGCCAUUGACGAGCGACAUAUUUCGGCAUCCCGGCGUCAUUACCAUUGAACCAACUUUCCAGGUGGAUGUACUCCUGGAAGCCGACACUGAAGUCACUGGAAACUUCACGACAGGCGUCCAUGCCAGCAGCAGUGAACGGAUGGUCGGGGCUUGGCCGAAAGCUGUUGAAGAUGGCUCUGCGAAGCUGCAGCAGGAAGCUCAGAGUGAGAAAUUUAGUGGGUUGGUGGCAUCUGUUGGCCGCUCUGGCAAUCUCACGGUUGGUCUCAGGCCCGUGGUUGGACUCAACAUCACGAUCAAUAAGUUUGGAACAGAUGGGAAGCUACUGAAUGCUUUCAUUGAUGGAUCGUUCUCGACUUAUAACGAUCGGUUAUCGCCAGUUGACCUCAUCAGGGAGCUGGCAGGCAAGCAGAUCUCAAACGAAGGCCCGAAGCUCAAGAUUGUACCCGAGGAAGCGGUUCUAAAUGGUGGCAAAGGCGUCGUGGCCUGUCUGAAGCGGAAACGCGAGUGCGAGGAUGAAGACGAAUGCAUGCACGCCAUCUGUCUCGACGCCGGAAGCUGCGAUGACCUGGACUACGCAGGCCAGAUCAACGACCCUGACGACGAGGGAAUCGACCUCGAGAGCAGCCGCGCAAAGCGCGAACCUUUCCGAGUCGAAUUCGAGGACGGCACCAGUCUUGUAAUCCAGUCACGAUCUUAUCCCUCCAUUGGAAAGCUGUAUUCAGGCAAACUCGGCACAAAUGUCUACGCAGACAGUUUCGACUACUCUGACGAUUUAGAUUGCGGCAACACCAAGGUGAAACAUUUCCCGGCCAAAGCUGCAGAGCCCUACGUUACGGAGCACAUCAUCGAACUUCAGACCAUUGGGGCCUUCUUGGAGGCCGCACAAUCGGGAAGAUUCCGUACUUGGGACAAGUUUCUUGACAAUGCAAUGAGGAUCCCGUCCAAAUUCUUCAUCGACCAAUGGCUCAAACCGAAUCUUCCACCAUUCCUUCCACCUGUAGUCCCACGGGGGCCUCUACCUAAGGCGCCGUACGAUUCAAAGGUUCCAAAUGACAGAGUCUUCGAGGCCCUCGGAUCGUCUUACAACCGUGAGAACUUCGUUGCUUGUCGAGACGAGAUCAACAGCGUGAAAGCGAGGAUCUGGGAUGGCGUUGCCCCGGCCAGCCAGGUCAAGUUCGAGAAGGCCAUCAACGAAUGGAUCCAGAAUUGUGGACCCUCUGCCGCGUUUCUGAAGUACCUGAAAGCUAUAGCGUCUGUAUUCGAGUACCUGACCUCGCCCGAGGUCUCGCAGAGGCUGCGCAAUGAGAUCGCGGACAAAACAAUUCCGGACCAUGGAAGAAUUCGCCAGCAAGUGGAUCAAAGACGGCAUUGCAUCUGCUCAAGUAGCAUAUCGGAAUUCCAUCAAGAAACCGCAGAGCUGGCCGACCGUCAAGGACAAUUUGGACAAGCUGGAAUAUGCCGCCAACAAUCUGCCCAAAAUCAAGUAUCCUUGAACGUGGAUCGAAGCGAUCAAUGCGAAGCUCGAUUAUAUCUCUUCUUUAAGGAUCUAGGAGAUUGUGAUGUCGUUGACAUUCGCAGCACGAGACUUGACCUCUUCGAAUCAAACGGACCCGCCUGUUCAACAGCACACGUAAACGCGAUCAGUUGCAACCCGCGGACUCAAAUGGAUCCCAACUCACGAACCAAGGUCCACCGCCUCUCGCCAUCAAGCGCAACAUUUCCCUUGCAGGCCUCCAAAUUCGCAGCUUUACGACUCUUUGCCCUCGAGGAGUCUCCAAAUGCACUCAGCUCGACCUACGAGAUCGAAUCAAAAUUCUCGCCGCACGACUGGCAGAGCCGUCUCGCUCGUCCGGAAAUAAACACAUUCGUAGCUGUGGACCUCACAGACGACGGGACAUCUUGGGAAGAAGCAGGUUGGAUUGGAAAAGUGACCCUCCUUGGACCUGUCGAGAAGGAGGAGUUCGAAAUCAGCGAUGUCCAAGGUCUCGGCUCGGGCACAGAGUCUCGCUGGCAGAUGAACGCUCUCUACGUCCAUCCGAGCGCACGAGGGCGGGGCGUCGCGAAGGUCCUCAUCACGGCAGCUAUUGCUUUUGCGCAGAGGGAAGGACCGGCGAGGGUAAGGAUCAUGAUCAAGCGGGAUCAUCAGGAGGUAAGGGGGCUGUAUGAGGGGAUUGGGUUUGUGGAUGUGGGGAGGUGUACGCUUGGGGAGGCGUUGAGGGCGAAUGGGGAUGGGAGUUGA